AUUUUAGGUUAGAACCUAUUAUGAUCUCAUAGUUUUACAAAGUAUUAUGAUUUAUGUCCAGUUAGUGUACAUUAUUAAUUAGAACUGUUAAGUUCACUAAUAUUACACGUGGACCUUAAAAUAAGAGACCAAGAUGUUAGUACGCAUGUUCCGAGCUCACGGCCAGUUCUGCUCCAGCCACCCCUGCGAGGUGAUAGUGGCCACCCUCACCCUUACUGCUUGUAUGUUGUCCAUGGAAAAACCCCCGCCAUCACCCCCGCCUAUAGUACCUCCGCACUGCCCUGCCGGAAACAGGAGUUGUCUUACACUCGAGGAUUACAAUGCAGUAGACGUAAUUGUGAUGACCACAAUCAGAUGUAUUGCAGUUCUCUACAGUUACUACCAGUUUUGUAAUCUGCACAAGCUCGGCUCAAAGUACAUACUUGGUAUCGCAGGCAUGUUUACGGUAUUCUCAAGUUUUGUCUUCAGCUCCAGUGUCAUCAAUUUAAUGAGAAGUGACAUAUCUGAUCUUAAAGACGCACUGUUCUUCUUCCUCCUCCUGAUCGACCUGUCCAAGGCGACGUUGCUUGCGCAGUUUGCCCUCAGUGCGUCCAGUAAACACGAGGUAAAGGAGAACAUUGCGCGAGGAAUGGCACUUCUCGGGCCGACAAUCACGCUAGACACCAUCGUAGAAACGUUAGUCAUCAGCGUCGGCACUCUGUCAGGUGUCAAGAGACUAGAGAUGUUAUGUUGGUAUGCCUGCAUGUCUGCGGUCGUUAACUACAUUGUCUUCAUGACGUUAUACCCAGCCUGCCUCUCGUUGAUAUUAGAGCUAUCCCGGAGUGAUGGUUCAUCCGGGCCAGGCUGGCACAACAACUCUAUCCUGAGAGCCCUAAGAGAAGAGGAUCAGAAACCCAAUCCUGUGGUUCAGAGAGUCAAAGUCAUCAUGUCAGCUGGCCUCGUAGUCGUCCACGCUCACAGUCGGUGGGCAUUGAAGGGAAGUAGUGAGGAGCACACAGUUCUGCCGUUGGUCUCAGACAACAUAGGAACUAACAGCACUGACGACGCUGCGGUUAUACAAGGGCAGUUUAUCAGAUGGAUCACAGGAAGUGCUGAUCACAUUGUUAUUCUGAUUCUUCUCCUUGCACUCACAGUGAAGUUCAUAUUCUUUGAAGACAAGGAAGAACUUACAGAACAAUUCCUAAUGUCCUCCGCCACAGCUGCCUUGCAGGAACGCCACCAUGAACGGAGUGUCGAGUCAACUCUCCGCCACAGAUAUUCACAGAUGACGUCCCUAGAGAGAGACAGUGGAGUAGACGAAGGCUGGAUCGAGGUCGGUCUCACUUCCAAGAACAGCGUCAGUGUCCAAACCAACGCUUUGAUACCCAGUCACAGAGGCAGUCAAACGGAGGCGGCGAACGAACGAUCCAAUGUCAUCACAGAGAACAAACCAGUGCAAACCGAGAAUGUAGAGAAUUCCAACAAUGAGGUUAUGAGAGAAGACAAGUCUGUACAGACUGGUGUCGAGGAAGACGAGUACGAGAAACAUCCGAGACCAGUGGACGAAUGUGUUGCUCUGUACAAACAAAAGGGUUCCGCAGAAGUACUGAGUGAUUCAGAGGUACGUGCUCUAGUCAAGACCGGCUACAUUCCCACGUAUCAGAUUGAGAAGGCAGUCAACAACCCCGAGAGAGGCGUUGGCAUCAGACGACAGAUCGUUGGUAUCGCAGGAGACUUUGCUCAUGCGCUGGACGAACUGCCCUACCGUGAUUACGACUACAACAAGGUGCUGGGAGCCUGUUGUGAGAACGUGAUAGGCUAUGUGCCAGUCCCAGUGGGGGUGGCUGGGCCACUACUGCUAGAUGGCAGCUUGGUGUAUGUUCCCAUGGCCACAACAGAGGGUUGUCUAGUUGCCUCCACCAAUCGUGGGGCUCGAGCACUACUCAAGUGUGGCGUGCGCAGUCGCGUGGUCGCUGACGGGAUGACUAGAGGUCCUGUUGUACGAUUCCCCUCCAUGACUCGUGCUAGUGAGGCGAUGGCAUGGAUGCAGACUCCAGCCAACUUCCAAGUGAUGAAGGACAGUUUUGACUCGUCAAGUCGUUUCGCUCGACUGACCAAACUGCACAUUCGCAUUGCUGGGAGAUUGUUGUUCGUCAGGUUUGUUGCCACUACCGGUGACGCAAUGGGCAUGAACAUGUUGUCCAAGGGAACAGAAGUCUCCCUGAAGACAGUUCAAGAGUAUUUCCCAGAUAUGGAAGUUCUCAGUUUAAGUGGAAACUUUUGCUCUGAUAAAAAACCUGCUGCUGUGAACUGGAUCGAAGGCAGAGGCAAGUCCGUGGUGUGUGAAGCCGUGGUACCGAGCAAUAUUGUGACAUCUGUGCUGAAGACAACGGUCGCUGGGCUGAUAGACGUUAAUAACAACAAGAACCUGAUAGGCUCAGCUGUGGCAGGCAGUAUAGGUGGUUUCAACGCUCACGCAGCCAACAUCGUAACAGCCAUCUUCAUAGCUACGGGACAGGACCCAGCGCAGAAUGUCUCCAGCAGUAACUGUAUGACACUGAUGGAGCCGUGGGGAGAAGACGGCAAAGACUUGUACAUCUCAUGUACCAUGCCUUCAGUAGAGAUAGGUACAGUGGGAGGCGGCACACAGCUACCUGCUCAGGCUGCCUGUCUGGACAUGCUGGGAGUCAGAGGUCCUCACGACAGUUGCCCUGGAGAGAACGCCAACACACUAGCAAGAAUCGUCUGUGGCACAGUGUUGGCUGGCGAGCUGUCUCUCAUGUCUGCUCUCGCUGCCGGACAUCUCGUGAGAAGUCACCUCAGGCAUAACAGAUCGUCUACAACCACCCCUCCAAGCCAUCUUUCUUCGCCCAACUUAUCUUUACAAACCUCGUGCACUAGCUAGUGACUCCAGUGAUACACUUCGGUUGUGUUGUGCAGCUCAGCUCAAAAUACCUGUUUUAAACUAAGACUGUGUAAAUAUGACUUGUAAAUAAUACGAUUUGAUUAAAGUUUUAUGUAGAAUUUGUUGAAAACUGUUCAGAUGUGUAUUCCUUGUUAAACAUGUAGGGAUAUGUGUUUUGCUUGUUAGUACUGUGGCCUAAAAAGUCUUCCCCAACCAAAGAAGUUGAACUAAUUUCUAUAAAUCAUUAACUAUUUUCAAACUCAAUGUAAAAAAAAACUUAUACAAAUUUAAAGUACCGUAACAUUGGAUUUUCCAAUAUGUGUACUAAUUUAAAAAGGUGCAUGUAUCUAUUUUAAGGAUUUUCUCCAGAUUCCUUUCAAGGUGGACCUGUUUUUAUAUUUUUUAAUAUGAAAUAGUUUCUAAAUUGCUAUCUUAUUGUAGUGUUUAUUGUUAAAUAUUAAAACUAGUGUUUGUUUUUGUUUGUUCUGUGACCAGUAUUUUAUGUAGGUUUUAGGAUUUAGUUAUAAUUUGAUAACUGUUGUCUCUUGGUAUGUCUGGAAUGUUCCAUUGUAAAAAUUAUAUUUUUUAAACAUUUUUAUUUAGUGGUUGUAAACAAUUACUGUUGCCAUUUUUAGAAUAACUCAGCUAGACAAUAUGAAUUUAAACGUACUGCCAAAUAACUUCAUUAGAUAGUAGAUAUGAGAAAUAGUUGACUUUUAACUUUAUUCUUGUAACAUUGUUGAUUAUAUUUUUAUAAAAUGAAUGUUUAUCAUAUUUUUUUAUAAUGCUUGAAAAUGUUAUACUUACCUACUUGAAAUUUUGUUAACAGUUAGUUUAAAAGUUAUAAAAAUAUUUCGCUCAAGAUUCUUUUUUUUAAGCUUUGACUAUUAAUACAACUUCAGUAUCCAAUAGUCAAUGGUUUAAGAUUGAAUGUAACCUGCUUAAUGUUAUUUAUGUGCAGUAUCACUUCUCCUUGAUUUGAGGUUUGUCAUAUAAAAGAUGACCGUAUCAGUCUUUAAGAAGAAAAUUGUGGAACUUGGUGCGAAACGUCUUCCUUCAUCUCUAAAAGUUACUUUUUGGAGAGUAAAAUGAAGUGAAAUGUUUCUUUAGCGGUUCACUUUUGGCUUCAUUCUAAGAUAAAGACAGACAUUGUUUCUCAAGAGUGGUUUUUAUUCACAGACAGUUUUUUUUUUUUAGAAUUCAUUAUCUUGUGUUUACCAGAUUAAAGUGUGCACACAUAACCAAAUAUCUGCAUUAAAACUGUAAAUUUGUUUAUUUUCUACUAUAAUCAAUGUUUUGUGAAUAAUAUAAUUUGCGUAGCAUAAAAAAUUGUCCUCUUUUAGAAAGAUCAUUGUUACUGUACCAGUUAAUUUGUAUUAUACAGUAGAACCUUGCUAAUUCAAAUUUCAGAGAGAAUAUAUUUUGAAGCAAAGGAAGUCUGAAAUAUAGCGAGUUUGAAUUAUAGAGGUCAGAAUAAAUACAAUUUGAAUUAUGGAGGUUCCAGUUUUAAGUGUAGAGAGUUUGAGAGAACGGAGACUAAUGAACACAUCUUGGGAACAUCAAUAAGAGCGUCAUUUCAAGUUUCAACAGGCAUAUUUUUUCUCCUCAAUUCAAAUUACAGAGGCUUACAGUAACACAUUUUGAAUUGUAGAGGUUGACUUCGAAUUUUGGAGGCAACAGUUCAAAUUAUAAUAAUCAAGGCCAGGGCCUGAUUACCCAUUAGGCUAAUUAGGCUGGAGCCUAGGGCGCCAGUCAGCCAAGUGUUUUAGGGGGGCGCCAGACAGCUAAGACCCUAAGUUGGGACCGGGGGCGUAAAAAAUGUUUUAUUCCAAAAAGGGAUUCGCGCAGAUAGGGAAUGAGGCGGAAAAGGGUGCGUUCGGCAGAUUUUCAUAAUCAUUAUAUCCAUAUAUAAAGCCCAAAGUACUCAUGAACUUUUGAGAAAACUACAAGUCACACCCCCAUAAACCGUAUACUUAAAAUGUUCAUCAUGACGAGAAACCUUGCGCAAAACUAUCCAUUAUUUCAUACAUUGCCCUUUAAGGUCGUAACUUCUUUCUAAAGGGAACUUUCCAUAUGCCUAAUGUUAAAAAUACCUCAGCUGUACUUAUUUGUUUAUUUCAGCUUAACUUAACCAAUUUAUUUAUGAAGCCCGUGGGUUACAGCUAGUUUAUAGUAAUAAUUGAUUUGUAAAAACAUUUUAUGAUACUUUUUGUUGCAGAUAAAUACAGAUAAAUGCUGUAAACUAAGUAAUUCCAUCUAAAGGUCCUAAUAAAAUUGUUAUAGGCCUAGAUGAUUAACAGAGUUAAUUCAGAAAGUACGUAUAUUAUUGUUUGGUUUUUUGAUAUUUUAGGUUAGGUCUACUUUUGAUUUAUACCAAUCGUAUGAUUAAUAAAAUGUAAAUAAAUACAUUAUUUUUAAUAA